GAGCGCCACCAGUCAGAGGAUUUAUCUUCCUUUUAUAUUACUGCUGCUCAUGUUUACUCCCAGUGUGGACUCGUCUUGGUGGUAUAUUGGUGCAUUAGGUGCACGGGUCAUAUGUGACAACAUUCCAGGACUCGUAAACAAACAGCGGCAGCUCUGCCAAAGACACCCCGACCUGAUGCAGUCCAUCGGAGAGGGAGCAAAGGAGUGGAUCCAGGAAUGCCAGCACCAGUUCCGACACCAUCGCUGGAACUGCAGCACACUGGAGCGAGACCACACUGUGUUCGGCCGCCUCAUGCUGCGCAGUAGCCGUGAAGCAGCAUUCGUUUAUGCAAUCUCCUCUGCGGGCGUAGUUUAUGCCAUUACCAGAGCGUGCAGUCAAGGUGAGCUUAAGAUCUGUAGCUGUGACUCCCACAGGAAAGGCAGAGCAAGUGAUGAAGAAGGUGACUUUGAUUGGGGCGGCUGUAGUGACAACAUUAACUAUGGUAUCAAGUUUACCAAAGCCUUUGUUGAUGCCAGAGAGAGGACAGUCAAAGAUGCCCGAGCACUGAUGAACCUGCACAACAAUCGCUGUGGCAGAAUGGCAGUGAAACGUUUCAUGAAGACUGAAUGUAAGUGUCAUGGAGUCAGUGGGUCAUGUGCUCUCAGAACAUGCUGGUUGGCAAUGUCUGAUUUCCGGCAGACAGGAGACUACUUGAGAAAAAAGUACAAUACCGCUGUGGAGGUCACAAUGAACCAGGAUGGCACAGGCUUUAUGGUUGCUGACCGUGAUUACAAGAGAAUGGCCAAAAAUGAUUUAGUGUACAUUGAGAACUCUCCAGACUAUUGCCUUAUGGACCGAUCAGCAGGUUCUCUGGGUACAGCUGGAAGGGUGUGCAACAGGUCUUCCAGAGGCAUGGAUGGUUGUGAGGUCAUGUGCUGUGGCCGUGGGUAUGACACUACCCAUGAAAAAUGGGUGACCAAAUGCGAGUGCAAGUUCAAAUGGUGCUGUGCGGUCGAGUGCAGAGACUGUGAGGAAACUGUGGACGUCCACACCUGUAAACCACAUAAGAAACACGACUGGCUUGAUUUGACCUGACUGCCAUGACCAUGAUCAAACACCAGAUACUGAACCUUGAACUUUAUUUACCUUCAGCGAUGUAAGCACAGCGAUGAAGCAAUUCUCACAGGCCAGUCUGGAGCACUGGAGGUCGGUGGGAAAUUAUACAAUGGGCAUUGUUUGGUUGGAUCAUUUAGAUCA